AUGGCUCUCAAUUGCAAGACAACGGAGACGAUCAAGUUUGAUCGACUAAAACAAAAGAUAGCAUUUCAAGAAGCUGUCGGCAGCCCAUACUUCAUCGCUCACGGCACACAUCCACCCACACUUAUGAUCACUGGCAUGAAAGAUGGUCUACCUCCCUAUAACACACCCUUUCUCGAGGACAUCGAUGACCGUCUUAACAAUGUCGAGAAACGCCUGGAAUCAAUGGAUGCUAGUGGGAUCGCUUAUGCGAUUGUCUCACUCACCUGCUCAGGCGUCGAAGGUAUCCUAUAUCCUGACGAGGCGGUAGAAUUGGCGAAGAAGACCAAUGAUGCGAUAUAUGAAAUUUACGUCAAGGUCCAUCCCACUCGGUUCGGCUUCUUUUGUUCAGUGGCGAUACAAAAGCCAGAAGAAGCAGCGAAGGAGCUUGGCGCAAAAGGCGCGUUGUUCAAUGGCUUCACCAAUAUUCACAAAGGCGAUGUCAGUAACGUACAUUAUUUAGAUGAUCCAGUUUGCGAACCGCUCUGGGAGAAGGUUAGCGAGUUAAAUGUUCCGAUGUAUGCCGCCUAUGGAUUCGGUGUCGAAACGGCUGGACAUUCGCUUCGAAUCAUGUGUUCUGGCAUCCUCGGCAGGUACAAGAAUGUGCAGAUCAUCCUGGGUCAUUGUGCGGAGUCUCUGCCAUUCUUGGCGCACCGUAUCGAUCACAGAAUGGCGAUCGGUAUCAUGGGCAAUAACGGUCCCUAUGAAAAUUCCAUAAUGUAUUGCCUCCAGAAAAACUUCUAUGCUACAUUGGCUGGAGUGCGCCGAGAAAGCACUAUGCGCAAUACCAUUGAUGAGAUGGGAGAAUCUUGUGUUCUGUUUAGUGUCGACUAUCCAUACGAGAGCAAUGAAGAUGCUACUGAUUGGUUUGAUGGGAUACAGAUGAACGAGAACACCCGAGAAGCAAUAGGAUGGGAGAAUGCAAAACGAAUCUUCAAGCUCACGUGA